AUCGCUGGUGCGGCGGCCGUCUGCACGGUGCCGGCCCGGGGCCCAGUCGUGGCCCGAGGAGUGUGCUGGUCGCUGCAGGCGGGCGCGGUGCCGGACGCUCUGGUCCGUGGCGGUGCGGGCUCGCGGCAGGAGGAGAGGGCUGACGGUCCCGCAGCACGGGACUCGGAGGGAGCACCUGUUGAUCCGGCUGACCUCCCGGCGGAGCGAUGAUGCGGCUGCCGCUGCCACUGCUGACCUGCUGGCUGCUGGUGCUGCCGGCCGCCUCCCCUAGCACCCUGCUGAAUGUCCAGCUGGACCCGGAGCGGCCAACGCAGCUGUACCACGCUCCCGGCGCCUGGAUCAUCACCGCCUCGGACCGGACCCGGCGGCCGGGCGGAGCGAGGCCUGUCCACUCCGCCAGCAGCCCAGGACACUCCGCCAGCGGAACAGGACACUCCGCCAGUCACCCGGGACACUCAUCCAGCGGGUCGGUCAAACGGCCUACAGCGGCGACCAGCUCCCCCGACUGGACGCACAGUAACCGAGUGGAGGGCACCGGGCAGACGGCGAGCGCCGGCAAGCCGGUGAAGCUCCCCUCGUUCGUGGUGACGUCGCGGCCGUUUGGGUUCAAAGGCUCGCCGCAGUCCGGUCAGGCGCAGAGGAGGCCAGUGACGCGUCCACCGGCGGCCGUGCAUAGUUACUCGACGGCAGGCCAGAGCUAUUCGACGGCCGGUCAGGGGCAUUCCACCGCGAGUUACUCCACGUCGGGUCAAAGUUACUCAUCCGGUCAGGGUCAGAGGCGGCCCGCGGUGCAGAGCUACGUCCGACCGAGCUAUCCCCGCCCGACUGGGACCUCCGGAGUCAACCCGGCUUCCAGCGAGAGUUUCAUCUUCUCCAGCCGACCGCAGAGCCGACCUUCUUCGUCCUCCCACCGGCGGCCUUCAAGACCGACCAGCUCACACCCGACCGAGCCCAGGCCGGUCAGUGGGGCCCGUCCCAGCCGGCCCAGCUCUGCCCGGCCUCUGCCGUCCUCGCAGACCAGCUACAAACCUUCAGCCACCAGCUCACAGGCGGGGGCUGCUGAGCAGAGCCCAGCGGGAGAGGACACCCAGUUGACCGACGCUGCGCCCCUGGCAGAACCUCCCACUGGAACCAGCGUCACGCGCAAGACGGCCCCAGACGCCGUCUCGACGGUGGGAGGGAAGAAGCUGCCGACCUUCAACCUGGGGUGCCGCCAGGGUCGCCGGUGCAGCUUCAUCAUCAACGCGCCGACGCACGUGCCGCAGCCCACGUACACGCCGUACAACAAGCAGACGGUGGACAGCUACCUGCGCAGGUUCCAGAACCUCCUGGCGCUGUCCAACUCCAGGGAGACCUCCUCCGAAACAUCCACCGCAGCCAGCACAUCGAAUGACCCCGUGGUGGCAUCUGCUUCUACCAAUGUCGCAAGCGUUAUUGCUGCUCCUGUGAAUUCGGACAGUUUCAGUGCUGCUAGCGAUGCUAAUGGCAGCAGCCGUGUAUCUGAAGUGCCAUCCCCUGGGGAUGCGUACCGGGAGGACUUGCGGAGGGCAUCGGCGGGGUCCGCAGCGCGAGUACCAGGCGGUGGAUCGGAUGGGAGUACCGCAGCUCUGGUAGCCCAGAGGUACCGCCCGGGUACCGCUGACCUGUACCACACCUUGCGCUCCUCUCCCUCCACCCUUCGCACGGUGAGGCCGGCAGACGCUGCCUCCGCGGGAGCGUACCACAGGCCGCAGUGGCAGCCGGCGGAAGCUCAGUGGUCACAGGGCUAUCGUGAGGCGAAAAACGUGCAGAGCUUCGACCUGUCACCUGUUGAUCGGGAAGCGAAAGCCUCCAGUGAAAGUCGCUCGCCCGGCCGAAAAUACUCACGAUACACGGUGGAACGAGUGGAUCCGAAAUCCAAAACGUCAUAUCCCACAGCUUGGAACUCUGAGACAAAAAGCUCAACGAAUGUCGUCCCAGUGACUGGCACGAUUUUUAAAGCACACCUCUCGAGUGGUCCCAUCAACUUUCAGUCUAAAACAGGAGCAAAACAAUCUCGCUCGGACGGGAGUUUCAAACAUUUGUCUAAGCCCAUUUCAAACCCAAACACUGCCUCAAUUAUCACAGAGGACGGGGUGAGAGAGAUGCCCAAUGUGCUGAGCAGGGAAUUCAGUCGCCGUCAGUCGACCAGCUUCCCCCAGCGGCAGUUCGGUCGGUUUAGUUCGCCACACAGACGGCAGGCGGCUUACAGGAUCGGCCGCUACGCGGCGCCACCGUCCAGACCCCAGUCGGCUUGGCACUGGGCCCGCCCGACCAUCAGUUCGAGGAGGCUCCAUAAGUAAUAGGCCUCCUCCCAGCGAGCAUAUACCGCUGCUCACUUGUAAAUACUUUGUGUUUAUUGAUGGCAUUCACAUUUUAAUAGCCUAAAUUCAGGGGCGGCGCCACGGGUUUUCGAUAGGGGGGGGGGACGGGGACUGUAGCUGUCCGAAAAUCCCAAAAGUAGAUACUGAUCGUGUAUGCAAAAAAAAAAACGAGGCACGUAACGCCGCGAAACUUGGCAAAGCCCAAAACACAUCGAAUGGUGCAUCCCGUUUCCAAACUUAUCCUAGGACACCUAAGAUCGAUCACCUUUUCAAGCAUCCUUGCCUCUAAAUCAAAAUUUGCAGUCUUGCCAACUCAAAGCUGGUUUCCUACAAGCUGCGAAUUGCUUAGGGAUACUGGCCGCGUGGCCGAGUGGAUUGGGUGUCCGGCUGGAGAUCCGGAGGCGGGAAGUUCGCGACCGGUCGGUCAGUGUCGAGUAGCAGUGCCAACUAUCCUUACGUUUCGUACUUUCAAAUUUUCGAUCUUACGUCUGGUCAGCUUCAUGGCUUCACCAUCAUAUAGCCAUGGAGGAAAAGUGGGAAUGUCUUCUGCUCUGACAAGUGCGCCAAAACUGCAAUAUAAUUUCAGAAUCAUGACAUCACCACCUGAUCCAUAUGCAACGGGCAGGGUGCAGCUAAUGGCUAGCCGUCAGUGGUCAUGUCAUUGGUGGUCACUCAAACAAAAGGUCAUGCUAGGUCAUGGAAGGUCACCAGCCGUUAUUUGAUCACACUUUCUGAUGGAUUUUACUUACCAAGAGCGUCGCGGGAAAAACGAGCGCAUGCCGCAUGCACCGUUGAAAAAAAAAAAUUGAGUGAAAGGGUCUCAGGUCCGGCGGCCUCUGCAGGUGAAAUGCCCCAGGGUAGGAUCCGGUCCUUGUUGAUUAACUUCGUCAAAAAUGGCAGUAGAGCUGUGAUGUCGGCACCAUUGUGUUCGUCAUGAUCGAGCUGGCACGACCUGCAUCGUUCUCAUAUUCACCCUCCAAUCGUAACAACACAGCAUGGGGAUUGGCAAAUGGCGGGGCACCCCCUUUGGGAGGCAAUGAAGGUCUCUGGAAACCUCAUCCCUCAUCUCUUUAGCAUUAGUGCCUAGUGGCUCUCCUUAUGGAACAGGUUUCUUGACUGGUCUGUUUCACCCCAGAAUUCAAAGACUAGUCAAGGUAAAACCGAGCGCACCACAGUGAGCACAAUUUGAUAAGCUGGUGUAUCUCAGUUUCCAUGUAGAACCUUUCACGUAUCACGUACCUAAAACACUUUCGUUCACUCAUCCAAAGCAACUGCCAUGUUUCAACAGCUGGUAAUGGCAUUUUCACAGCCGCUGACGUAAGAAGGGGAGGGGGGGGCUCGAUUAGACCCCCAGCCGUUCGGCCGCCGACCGAACUUAGUUUUGCAGAAAAAAAAACGAGUGCUAUCGAACCCCUUGAUGAGAGGGAGCCGAUGCUACCUAAUUUAUAAGGUCUUGGGCUACUGCGUGCUUUUUUGGCCCUGCCUGUGAUCUAUCCGAACACUUCUCCCCACAAGUGCUGGGGUUAAAUGGCAUAGAUUUCAAAUGGUUCCUGUGGUAGAACUGCCAUGCUUGAAUUUGACUAAUUAGGAAUGGAAAAUAUCCAUAUAGAAACGGAAAUCUAUGGAAUUUCAGUUAACUUGGUUUUGUCGGCAAUGGGGUCUGGCAGUGGGGUGGGGAGGUAAUAACCCUGCCUGGCGCCCCAAAAAAGGGGGGGCACGAUCCCCGAGGCCCUGCCGAUCAACUUAUAGGCAUCACAGCUCCACACCUUUUGCAGAUGGCCAGGACCCCCUGCGAUACAUCCCAACAGCAAUCUUUAUUCAGAACCUGCCUUGAUUAACGAACGAUGCAUUAAAUGCGACGGAUAACUUUACAAUGCAUUAUUAUCAACUAUUGAACGGGCCUCGCCGAUAGGGGGGUACUGUACCCCCCUAACUUUCGAUAGCGGGGGACCUGUCCCCCCCCCCCCCCCGUCCCCCCCGGUGGCGCCGCCCAUGCCUAAAUUAUAAACAAUUAACACCGUUGUGGUCGCAUUUAGUUCCACCGUGAAUUGGUUAUCGGUUCUGGGCCCGAUUAGACAGGAGGCCAAAACGUCUAAUGAACCAGCACGAAUAACCGUGAAGAGGUUCAUAAAGCAUCCAAUUUAUGUGUCCGGUUAUUGUUAUGAAAGCGUUUCACUCCUUCACCAGGCAAUGUUUUAUGGAUCUAUUCUUGUACCUAUUGUAGGUACGUAGUUUUGUGUAUAUUCUACGAAUCUGAAGCAGGGUGGAGCAUGGUAAAUAUCUAGGUGCAUUUGUCCGGUCAAUGUGCCCGUUUUCACCGUCCGUGCGUAUGUUGGUCGUGGUAUAUGUAAGGCGACCUUUUCUUGAGUGAGGUAGCUGGCUUUGACAUUGUUUAGGUUUGAAUGGUUUAAAAAUUCCACCUCUGUAAAUGAGGUUAUGAAUAAGAGUUUGUCUUUAAAUAUGUGGUUUGUUGUGGGCGUAAAUGAUUUGAUAAUAAUGUUCACUUCUGUAAUAAAAUAUAAUUGGCUGGACCA